AAGAAAAUAACAAAUUAGACUGAGGAGUUUUUAAUAGUUUAUAAUAAUUAAAAAAUCAAAAUGGAGCCGCAAGAUAUUUAUUAUGACAGAGCUGAAUAUAUUGAAACGGCGUCGGGAAAUAAAGUGAGCAGACAAACAGUUUUAUGCGGCUCUCAAAAUAUUGUUUUGCAUGGCAAGGUUAUUGUUCAAUCUGAUGCUAUUAUUCGUGGAGACUUGGCGAAUGUCCGCGUCGGGAGAUAUUGUAUAAUUAGCAAAAAUGUUGUGAUAAGACCACCGUUUAAAAAAUUCAGCAAAGGAGUUGCAUUUUUCCCAUUACAAAUGGGUGACCAUGUAUUUGUUGGAGAACGUGCUGUUGUUAACGCAGCUGUAGUUGGAUCUUAUGUUUACAUUGGAAAGAAUGCAGUAAUAGGCAGACGAUGCAUUCUGAAAGAUUGUUGCUUUAUUGAGGAUAACGCAGUGAUACCACCAGAAACAAUCGUUCCGUCAUUUACUAAAUUUUCUGGAAAUCCAGCAAUGGCAGUGGAGGAUCUACCCGAGUGUACAUUAGAUCUAAUGGUUGAUUUCACCAAAAACUACUAUCAGCAUUUCCUCCCGGCGACAAAAUAGUUUAUCAUUUUUUUUAAUUAUUUUUUUUACUUAGAUAUUAAUAAUUAAAAUUAAAAUAAAUAAUAUAACUAAAAUUUUAUUGAUAUUAGUGAUUUGCUACAACAAAUUUUAUUCGAUAGCUUCUAAUGAUUCUCCAGAAGUCUGUCUUGAUUGUUGAUGUUGUUCAACGUCGUUCUCACUUUCAGAAUAAUCAUCAGUCUUACUUUCAAAGCUAAAAAAGUAAAUUAUAAUUUAUAAUUAAA